AUGCUUUUUGAUUGCUCUGUGAAAAGUAAUCCAAUCACAACAGCGGAAGCUAACGAGAUUAUAGAAAUUUUUGGUCUGCUCGACUCAGUUAAUCCGGCGAGCAGAUACAAGGCAGUAAUUCUAGACCGAGAGACGAAAAAGAAUUUUGACCGAGUGAUAGAAGUGCAUGAAAUUCUCGAUCGCAAUGCUUCGAGUGUACAAAUUCUAGAUGAGAAGCGUCAGUCCGAAUCAUAUCUGGAAGCAGUUUACUUCAUCAAGCCGACUGCUUACAAUAUUGAGUGUAUAGCUGCGGAUUUCACGCGGGCUCCAACUAGAUAUGCCUGUGCACACAUUUUUGUAACAUCCAAUAUUAGUGAUGAACUACUGGUAAAGCUAAAGAAUUCAGCUACUGGGCGCUAUCUCAAACGUCUGGAGAUAGUCCACAUUGAUUUUUGGACAUUGGAAUCACAAGUAUUUACACUGGAUGACCCCUUUGCAAUUGAACAGUACUAUAGUUCGCAAUGUCACGACCUGGUUACUAAGCUUGUCAAGAAAGUAGCCUCCCAGUUAGUAGGGGUCUGUGUAAUGUUGGAUGAAUACCCAAUUAUUCGAUUCUACAAGCCAACAUCGGCAAUUCACGAAGCUCAUGUGCUUCCAUUUAUGAUUGCUGAUGAGUUUCAGAAGCAGAUGGACGAUUACUUGCGCAAUAAUCCGAACUUCAAAGGAGUAAGUGAGCAGCGUGGCCGUUCAGUAUUUUUGAUUUUGGAUAGGUCUAUUGACCCUUUUGCACCAUUUUUGCAUGAGUUCACUUUCCAAGCCAUGGCAUAUGAUUUAUUGCCCGUCAAAGAUGGCCUGAAAGUGGAAUAUUUUGUAGAUGGCAAGACUGGCAAGGAGAAGGUUGAAGGUGUUAUUUCUGAAAAGGAUCCAGACUGGGUCGGGCUUAGACAUCUUCAUAUGCAGGAGGUGAUUGAAAAGUUGACUGAGAAAAUGGACCGGCUAAAGACCGAUAACCCUCAUUUUGCUGCUUCUCAGAUUGGGAAUGGUAAUUCGGGUGGGAAUACAACUGUAUCGGACCUCCAAGAUAUGGUGGCAUCGUUACCUGCAUUCAUGGAAACAAAAGACCGUUUUGCACUCAAUUUGCACAUGGCAAGCGAGUGUAUGGAAAUCUUACAACGAAAGGGAUUAUCCGAUAUUGCAGAUGUGGAACAGACAGUUACUCUCGGCGUAGGUGCCGAUGGCAUCAAGCCUAAAAAUUUGGCUGACGAAUUUAUUGCACUUAUAGCUGACCCCAACCUUGGUAAAGCAGAGAAAGUCCGCCUGGUGAUGUUGUAUUCACUACAUAGAGGUGGCCUGAUUGAGGCUGAUUACAAGAAACUUAUGCAUCACAGUGGGCUGGACGAUACGGACAUUGAUGUUAUCCGCAAUAUGACUGUGUUUGGUCACCCUACAUUUAAGACAACGCUCGGCAAGCUUAAGCAGAGUAAGCUGCCUAAAAGCUAUUUCAGUCAUUCUACUGAAGAUGUAUACUCUGUAUCACGAUUUGUACCUGGUGUUAAAAACGUAGUUGCGUCAGCUAUUGAACGUACCUUGAGCGCAGACGAGUUCCCAUACACCAAGUAUGAACCAACAGAAGGUCAUGAUGAGAUGGAAGUACAGGCAUCUCUAAGAAACCCCCGCCAGCGAGCAGUAUGGGCCAAGACGACUGCCACAAGUCUCAACAAACAGCGAGUAUUCGUCUAUAUGGCAGGAGGAUUUACCCAAUCCGAAGCGCGCAGUAUCUACGAGCUUAACAAAAAGUACCCCAAGGAAAUCAUUAUUGGUGGUGACCAGGUCAUUACGCCAAACAAUUUCCUUCGUAUUCUCUCCCGACUCAGCGUGUCCCGCAAGCAACUCAACCUGCCCUGUGACCAACCUAAACAACAAGUUCCCCAACAUUUGUUCGAGUCUGACCGCCAGAAUCGACCAUCUGCCAAUCAAGCUACUCCAGCCAGUACUCCAGCUGGUCAACAGGCUUCUCGCCCUUCGUCUAGCAAAGCAUCCUCAUCCACUACUCAGCCGGAGAGACCCCCUAUCAAGGAGAAAAAGAGCCGCUUUGGCAAGUUCUUCAAGUAG